CGUGACAUUUCGGUUCGGGUUUCGGAAAGCUAUCCCCAAGGGUGAUGAUAUGUGAUUACCAUCAGUCUAGUUGAGCCGCCAGGGCGCUGCUAAGGCGCCGUUCGCCUGUGAGUCUUUACCAUCACAGUACAUUGACCUUCCGUUUCCCACUUUUUUAAAGGAAAACUACUAGCAGCAAGUGGGGCCAAGUGGUCGAAGCUUUCCCAAAAGCGCCAACGACAUUGACCGACCGGCCCACCACAGCAUCCCAGCAACCGGUGUGUAUCUGUGUGUGUGUGUGUGUUUGUGUGCGGCGAGUGGCUCUGGCUAUGAUCACUUAGAAAUGUGACAUUCAAGGCCCCAAUGUCAAGGUGGCCACCAUGUCAUGUAACACACAGACACACACACACCCGCCGAGCUGCUCACUUCCUCCCUUCGCUAAUCCGUAAAAGCGUAAGAAGCAGAAGAAGCAGAAGACGCAUUAGACCCCCGACCGGCCCCAAACAAACAAACAAACGCAAGAGCGCAAGAAUGGCAGCGUUUCCCAACGAUACAGCUAAACAAACAAACAAAACAACAACAAAAAAAGCUCGCUUUCUAUGCCACACACGUGAAAGAUAAACAACAUUCCCACAUUGCCCCCAAAACGGAACCAGCAACCACCCCUUCGGGCUGUUUGUGGGGUCGGGGAAGGUCACGGCAAGGAAGUAAACGCCAGGGGAGGAUGACCGGGGUGGUGAACGGAGGAGGGUGCAGAUGACACCUACUACCAAAAGCACACACCGACGGAUACAUUGAGGAGAUUUCGAUUGAUGUGAGAUCGUCGACACGGCGAAGGUGAACAGACCUCGCCGACCUGCGAUCGCGCCACGGCAGGUCGCUCCGAUCGUCCGGUGUGUGGGGUGAGACGCCGCGCCGCGUCCAAGAAUGUGGCUCUCGUAUUGAAGUCAAGUGCAUUUGAUGCACACACACACACGCACACGCGUACACAAUGCCCGCUAACAACGCGGCGUCUAACGGCGCCAAACACGCGGUGGAGAUCAAGCGUGUGCGAGAGAGAGAGAGAGAUAGAGAGUGUGUAUGUGAGACGCACGCUUACGCGGGAAAAGAAGUGAGAGAGAGAGAGAGAGAGCGCGCGCUCGCUGUCCAGCGCAGUCGUGCAGAGUGGCAACGCACCGGUGCGGCGCACCGUUUUCGUUCGAUGCCCUCUCCGUGUAAUUUCAAGGACGCACGUGGUUUGAUGGUUUCGGUGGUUCAGAUUCACACACGCACACACGCGCAACCCCAACACGUAUGUACACACAGGGGAAGGGGGGAAGAACACUACUCUCCGGUCCGGUUUUCCAGUCGUGGCUUUCGUGGGAUGUUUAUUCAUAGUUUACUAAUCAAAACCAUAGAUGAAACCCCUUUUUUUGCUCUCUCUCUCUCUCUCUCUCUCUCUCUCUCUCUCUCUCUCUCUCAAUCUCUUUCUUUCUCUCUCUCUCUCUCUCGCUCUCUCUCUUUCUCUCUCUGUCUCUCUUUUUGAUACAUCUCUCACUACCAUCCUACCCCUUCACCCCUUAAUCCACAUUGCCCUGCGAUAACGAAGCGCGCGGCGUGAAUGUCACGAUGCGCGCGGCAUUACGCACAAUUCACGCACCGGUGAACAAAGCAGGCCGAGGGAAAGCAAUCGCACGCAAAAAAACCCGUCGGUCUCUCUCUCUCUCUGUCUCUCUCUCUCUCUCUCUCUCUCUCAUACACACUCACACGCAAAAGCACCGAAAAAAGUGGGUUAUUGUGGUGCGGAAGAGGGAACGGGGGAAGAGGGAACGGCGAAGAGAGCGUGCGUGUAUGUGUGUGUAUUCGACUAGGCCGCUCGGCGAUAAAGCACACACUACCGAAAUGCGCUAAGUACACCCGCAGUUGGGUCUGCGUUCGCUGUGGCGCGUUUCGGUUGUGUGUUGCGCUGCCGCCGCCGCCGCCGCUCUCGCCAACCAUCGUCAUCGUCGUUGCCUACUACGAAUGCACGAGCGAGUGUGUAUGAGUGUGUGCGCUGGCUCGCCCUGCCAAAGCUUCGCCGCUUUCGGCUUCGGCCAUCGGCGGUGGAUGCAAUAAUAAACACUUCGCUGUCAGCCUCCGUGGCCGGUGGUGUGCACUUUCCCUCUCGUACUUGACGGCCGUACCGUCGUUCGGGGCCGUGGUCUCCGCUUUGCUGGUGUAGUUGCAUCCCCGUUCGCUAGUAGUAGUGGUAGUGGUGGUAGUUACUGGUGCCUGGAACAGUACGGUACAAUCGGCACACGUGAACGCACCCGUUCGGGACGACGGUUUGCUGCUGUUUUGUUUCCCCCUUCGUUCGGUGAGGCUGUGCUGUGAGUGAAAUUGUGAUGUCCCACACGACGGCGUGACGUAUUGUCGUUGGUCAAGGACGUGGAGUGUGUGCAUGCUUGCGUGUGUGUGUGUGCGUUUCGUUCUCGGUUGGCGCGGUGUGUGCGCUCGCCUCGGUGCACACGGUGGGUGCUGUAAAAAAAACAGUACACAGAGGCGCGCGCGGCCAUUCUCAGCACCGCCAAACACAGUACCGCGGACCGUGCCAGUGUCGGUUGCACUUUCCCUCACCCCGGAUGGCGUUUGAUGGCAUUUAAAGCGUUCGAAAGCGGUGCAACUACAGGGGGGAGUGAAAAGAGACACACUAACAACCCCCCACAAACUCGCCAUGCAUCCAAGUAAUCGAUGGAUCCGUGUCCAUUUGUGCGUUCUCUCUCUCUCUCUCUCUGUAGCGGUGAGUGAUUGAGCAGCAGCAGCAGCAAUAACCGCCAAAAUACUACACACUACAGUGUGUGUGUGUGUGCGUGUGAGUUAAUUUUGCGUAAUUUUGAUGCGUGUGCGUGUACCUGUGAGUGAGUGAAGUGUGUGGUAAGCGAAAUAGGCAAGUGUGGCUUUAUAAACACACACACACAAACACACCCACCCGCAAAGACCAGCAACAGCAAAAGCAAAAGCGAUUCCGGUUGGAAGCGAACUUGCCCCAAAACAAACAGAAAACAAACGAAAAAAAGCCCGCUCUCCCCCAUUGCUGCCGCCUUCACAUGCAAGCCCGCACAGCCGUCAGGAUGAAGCAAGAAGUGGCGGUCGGCAUGUACGUGGACGAGGAUCGGGACGUGUACAUGAUCGAGCGGAAGGACACGAUCGUCGACAUCAUCCGGAUGCAGCAGAAGGCGGGCCUGUGGCAGACGCUGUCGGUCGACCUGGUCGACUGCGGGCCGGGCAGCCGGGAGGGCGACAACUACAUGUCGAUCAUCAAGCGGGUAAAGGCCCACUGUAAGGCGAAAUCGGUCGACGGGCGAAACCACGUGUUUACAAUUUCGCUGAUUUUUAAGCGUCAAAUCACCAACCCGAACCGGCGCCGGCUGUUCCGGUGCGAUGCCGCGUUCGAGAACGAGAUCACCGCGUACGCGAGCAUCGUCCCGGUGCUGCAGCGGAUAUCGCCGUACGAUCUGCCGUACCCGAAGUGCGUGACGGCCGGCAGCGACGAGCACGGCGAUCGGAUCGUGCUGGAGGAUCUGACCACGAGCGGGUACGCCAUGCUCGAUCGGCGGGUUGGGCUGAGCUACGAGCACUGCAUUGCGGUGAUGAAGGAGCUGGCGAAACUGCAUGCCGUCUCGCUCGCGAUGAAGCACGCGCACCCGCACGAGUACGCCGACGUCUGCUCGAAGAUACGCGAGAUCGUGUACUGUCCGGAGGCGGCCGAGUUCUACACACAUUCCCUCGAGUCGUCGCUGCGCGGCGCCCUGGACAGCCUGCGGUACAGCAACGGCGAGCAGGGCGAGCUGGACGGCCCGAUCCGGGCGGUGGAGGGGCUGACCGGCCGGCUGUACCGCAUCAUGUCCGCGCUGGUGUGCGACGGCAUGGACGAGGGCUGGCGCGUCAUCUGCCACGGCGACACGUGGGUGAACAAUCUGAUGUUUAGCGCGGACCGGCAGCACGUCCGGCUGAUCGACCUGCAGACGAUGCGCUGCACCACCCCGGUGCUGGACAUACUGCACCUGCUGUACACCAGCACGGAACACUCGAUGCGCCGGCAGUACGUGCCCGAGCUGCUGCUGCAGUACCGCCAGUCGCUGCUCGCGGCGCUGGGGGAGCAUUUCUGCGCGUGCGAAGAGCCGGCCGCGGCCGCCGCGCUGCUGCGCCGCUACGCGGACCAGUUUUCGUACGCCCGGCUGCGGGCCGAGUACGAUCGCUGCCUGCCGUACGGGCUCGGCAUCGCGAUGUGGCUGCUGCCGGCCGUCACCUUCAACCCGGACAAGAUACCGGACCUGGACGCGGUCACGAUUCAAGAUUUCAAGACGAAGAAGCACGACAAGCGCAUCGCCCAGAUCGUCUCGAACGACUACCACACGCGGAUGCGCGACAUUGUCCUGGAAAUGUACGAUCAAGGCGUGCUGCAGCGGCUCAAGAGCGACCGCAUCUAGGGCGGAUGGUGGGCACCGGCCGGCAGCGGUGUGGUGGCAUUUCACGCGCGAUUGGAGCGUCUAUGUGCCAGAAACGCUGUCCGAAUGGGGGAGAAGAAGACGGAGGGGGGGGGGAAUGGCGCACGGAGGGGACAUAGGCGAGAUAGUGGCACGGUGUUGGAUUCAAGGGCGCGCUCGGUGCAACACUUCGAUGUCGCCCAUCCAGUACAGUCAACCCGUUUUGUGUACCUUCCAUCACCGCCACGAUCACCGCCUCCCCGGGGCGGCCACUGUACAGUGUUUGUGUUAUGCUUUAGUCAGUAGAAAGAACAACAACUCCUACAAAUAGUACCGUACCCGGUUAGUGCGCAUUUCAGGCGUCUUAUGUGUGCGUUUGUAUGUAUGUAUGUGUGUGUGGUUGUGUAUUAAGUCGACAAUCACCGCACGACGCCCGGUUCCGAAAGAUAGUGCAACCGACAGCAACUAACAACCAACAACAAAAACGCAACGUUUACAAUUCCCCGCUCCGCAGAUUGGCAUCGGCCAGCGAUUGCGCAAUUGCAAAAAGAAGAAACCGGGCGGGCGGACAAAACCGGAAGAUCGAAGUCCCGCGAUCGAUGUGCCGGUGGAAUACAAAUUUGUGCCUACGCAUGGGGCGGACCACUUGCCACGUGGUGUGUGUACACCGCUCACUGCUUCAUCAGCCGCGCCGCGAUGAUGGACGGAUCGAUUGGAUUGGAGCAGAGUUUGCUAGAUCAGUAGUUACCAAUUAAACCUGUUGUUGAUGCGAUAAGCAAGAAACAAACCCGCCUAGUGUAAGAUGAUCUGUUUUUGUUCGAUUCAAUAAACAGCUGUUACUACA